GCGGCUCAGGCCGUGCGGGCUCACCGAGCGGAGCGCAGACCCCGCACCGCGGGCCCCGCGGCCCCAGCACCCUCCCCGCCGGAUCCCAGCGGACCCCGCCGCCCACAGCCCAGCCCAGGUUUAGAUCUGCACGACAACCAGGAUCAAGAGCCAUGGCAUCCAUCCCAUCCAGCGGCUCGCUCAUGGCCACCCACAACUACCGCAGAAGGCGCCUGAGCUCCACAUCCAGCAGCAGCUCCUGCAGCUCAGAGUACUCUGGGGAAGUCACCCCCCACUCCCUGGACCUGCCCAAGUCUGACCCUGGCCAGUGGUGGGCCAGCUUCUUCUUUGGGAAGACGACUCACCCGACCAUGACAACCGUGUCAGAGUCCCCACAGAGCUCAGGAGCUCUGCGGGUGACAACAGGACCGAUGACUUGUGGCCUGGUGCCAGCCCCGGGCGCGGGACGGAGGCGCCACAUCAGCGAGCCCAGCUCUGAGCCCUCAGUGUGAGCCGUGAGCGGGUCGGCGGCUGCUCCGCAUCCGGCGGGCACAGCCCCCUCCCCGUAGAGUAGCUGGCUGCUCCAGGGCAAAGCUGCUGCCUCGGGAUGGAAAAGUGCAGCAAACCCCGACGAUUCCACACUAGCCUUUUUACUCUUUUCCCAGUGUAACUAAGCAGACUUGGUAACACGUUUUAUUACCUUGAACUCCGUACAAUGGCAACUAAUAAACUUGAGCAGCCUUUUAAAACUC